UUGUGCUUUGCUCCUCCCCUCCUGUGGGGACCUGGUCGCGUCAGUGGCCGCGCUGACGUGGCUCCCGGAAGUGGGCCUGGCGCAGGGCGGUCAUGUUGCAGCAGGACAGUAAUGAUGACACCGAGGAUGUCUCCCUGUUUGAUGCGGAAGAGGAGACCACUAACAGACCAAAAAAAUCCAAAAUCAGACACCCGGUGGCGUCAUUUUUCCAUUUGUUCUUUCGAGUCAGUGCCAUCGUCGUCUAUCUGCUCUGUGAGUUGUUCAGCAGCAGCUUUAUUGCCUGUAUGGUGACAAUUAUCUUGUUGUUGUCAUGUGACUUUUGGGCAGUCAAGGGCUCUGUGCUACUGAUCUUUCUGGAAUGUUGCUUUCAUUCCCGAAUCACCUUAACACCCGGAUUCCUAACCUUUUUGUGCCAUGGAACCCUUUCACAGUCUCAUGAAGUUAAUGUCACAGGUAGACUCAUGGUUGGUCUGCGUUGGUGGAAUCACAUAGACGAAGAUGGAAAAAGCCAUUGGGUGUUUGAGUCCAGGAAGGAUUCUGCUCAAGAGAGUAAAACUGUUUCCGAAGCCGAAUCGAGAAUCUUUUGGUUAGGACUUAUUGCCUGUCCGGUGCUGUGGGUGAUAUUUGCCUUCAGUGCGCUGUUCUCCUUCAGAGUGAAGUGGCUGGUUCCCGGGGCCCGGCCCCACGCCGGACACGUCACGGCACCCGAUAAGCGUCUACGGAGGGCGUCCUCACCGCCUACCCGCCGAGGAGAAAGUGAGCACAUGUGUUCCGUUUUCCGUUGCACGCCGGGGCUAGGUCGCAGAUGUCCUGGGUUCGCGGAUCACGCAUCGUGCCCGAUACCAAUUGGCCAAAACGGAUGGUAACCUGCUGGGUUGAUACGUGGGACGAUUACAAAAAAUCAAAACAGAGGCCCACACGUCUCCUUUCCUGAAGCUGGCGCCAUGGCCCAGGUUGGAGCCCUGGACAAGAUGACAGCCUCAACCAGCAGAGGUUUUCCUCAGGAGGAGAGUUAACGGCAUGAGAGCAACGAUCCUCUGUGACGUUCUCAGGCCCCGCGGCCAUCGGUAGAGAUCGGCCUCCCCUCUGUGGAGGCAGACCCUGGGCAUGCCUGUCUCUCAGUGUACAUCAUGAGCCGACGUACCGUCCGCGGAACGUCCGUCUGUCUGUCCGCUUCGAAAGGACUCACCGGUCUUGAGGUGAAGAUACCCACACAGAGCAACUCAGGAAUCUUCUUGGGGGUUUGAAACGGCACGUUUCCCGGCUCAUCUGACCACCGGGAAACGGAGGCACAGAGCCUCAAAGUGAUUUGUCAGAAAUCGGACAGCCAGUUAUGGCCGAAGCAACGUUCAAAGGCUCCCUGGCUUGGACUCCCAAGCAAGGACGGCGGUGACAAGGCCCUGGGGCCACCAACCCAGGGCUUCCCUACCUGGGAAAUGCAGGUCCCUUCCAGGCGGCAGCCAGGGCAGGGUGGAGUCUUUAGAAGGCAGCUGAAGGGCCAGACCAUUGGAGGAGCCAGAGGUCCCCUCCUGUUGGUUGAGUGUGAAGGAUCCUACCCACACGGCAGGAACUACCACCCCACACCCCACACCCCACACCCCACACCCCGGGGGACAAGACAGAGGAAAGGCUGAGUUUGCCCUGGGGAGGCAGUGAGCGUGAACUCUGGGAGCAGCUGGGGUUUGGGCAGCCCAUGACCCUCCCUGUGGGGCCAUCUUCUUCCCAGUGGUCCUCCCAAGCUUCAUCAAGGAGAGGCGCCAGAAUGAAAGGGGCUCCUGCAGGUAAUGGACAGUACCUGCCUGGGCGCUCUGAAUCCUCGACUCAGUGCUUGCUUCCUCAGUGAGCCCCAACAGCCCGACUUUGCAGGCCCGCGCCCCCACGUUCUUCAUUCUCUAUCCCCCUGGUGCCCACCCUCUGGCUGCGGUCCCGCCCCGGGCUGCCUCCUGUCACUGCACCGCCCGCCCCCUGCCAACCCCAGCCUGCCCUCCCCUGCCCUCCCCUGCCCGCUCUUCACCUGCGGGGCUCGCAGAGAGCUGGGACUUAAUCUCCCUCCCGUUCUCCCCCAACUGGCCGACAGCACGGGCUCUGGAGCCAGCGUCUGAGGUCAAGUCCCAGCCCUGCCGCUGCGUGAUCUGGGGCAGGCUGCGGAACCUCUCUGAGCCGUGGUUUUCUCCUCGGAAAAAACGGAGACAAUCAUAGCAUCGAGCUCUCUGAGCCGUGGGUUGGAUUCAAUGAGCUAAUACGUGCAGAUUGCUCGGUGAGUGCUGGGCACAGGGUUCAGCGGUCAGUCUGUUAGCUAUACCCCCACCUGGCUCUCCCCACAGGGUCCAUCUUCACCUAGACCUCUAGACCAACGGCUUCCAAAGUGGGGAAGCAUGGACCUCCCCCCCCCCCCCAGUCACUCCUUGGGGACAAGGAGGGAGUGGGGAGACUUGAGCUUCUGUUGUCAGACUUUGCUGUGUGUUCCCCCACCCCCACUGCCUCUUCCUCCCGGGCACGAGCUAGACUACAUUUCCCAGCGCCCCUUGCAGUUAGCGGGGACCACGUGACUGCUUCAGGAGCCCCAGAAUCAGGACAGCCCUGCCGCCAUGAUGCUGCCCCUCCCAGGUUCUUACCCCCAGCCUCCACCCCGCUGUGCCAUCUUCAAGGCUCCUCCUCUCUCCCCAUCUGCUGGCGGAGUCAAGAGGACCCCAAGGCCCCCCCCCCCCCGGGGGGGGGAAUGUCACAGCACUCCAGGCUCAGCCUGCUUCAAGUUAACACAUUCCUCACUUGCUGACUUAAGGCCCUUGAUCUGUAACAGAACUAAUUUAUUUUCCUUGAGGUUUGCAGACCACCGGCCUUGGGGAAUAAAGGACCAGGAUGUUCCCAGGCCUCAGAGGCCAGCAAAUCUGUUUGAAGCCCCUCCCUUAGCUUUCGGAUGAACCCCGCAAUCUUCUAGCAAAAUAUUUUUUUCUUUUUUAAGGUUACACAAGGGACUACUGACGUCCCUUUGCGUAUCUAUAGACCUUGCCCUCCUUUGCAGAAAGAACAGGGUAUUCUCGCACAACGCCUGGGUACCAAGGAACUAGAGACCUUCUUGCACAACCUACGGUCACCCUGUAGCUGGCAUCAUCGAGCCUGCACGUAAUCAAGAAAUGUCACGCUGCACUCCCUUAGCUGAAUAAACCCCUUAAAAAAAAAAUCUCGGGUCCAGGCAGAAACCUCAGAGUCGGCCUUUGGACAAGGGUCCACCUUUUCCCCGGGCGGCCGGCCUCGUGAAUAAAGCUCAUACUGCUUUCCGGUCAAAACUCGGCUCUCGAGUAUUGGCCCCUUGAACCACGGCAGCCGAACUUGGGUUUCGGUGACAGGAAGAGCCACGCGAUGGAAGGACCCCGAAUCCUCGAAUGAAUGCCAGGAGUAGAGCCCCCUUGGCCAACCAACACUGGACUCUGACCUGAGCAUGAAGUAGACUUACUGUGCCAAGCCGGUGAAAUUUGGGGGGAUAUUGGUUACACAGUUAUACUAAGCCAACUUCUGUUAAAAUUUAUUGUUUAAAAUUAUCAACUUAAUGGGGCGCCUGGGUGGCUCAGUCGG